AUGAGAUUAUUGGCUUUCAUUCGAAUCGAGGAGAAGAACACCAGUAUUUGUGGGCUGAAAAUUUCCAAUAAACCUUUGGUGAUAUUUUUGGCGCUGUUCCAAUUAUCGAUUUGUAUUGCGUCAUUUUUACAGGUAGGUCAAAAAAAUUGCGAUUUUUUUGAUAGUAAAUACAAAUAGUCCUCGAGAACUACACGGAUUUUUCAAAAAAUCAAAAGAAAAUUACAAAGUUUUGCUGAAAAAUAGUUGUGACGUUGCAAAAAAAAAUUUGAAAAUAAUCCUCGAGAACUACAAAACCUCGGCCAUGAUGGGGGAAACUAGUCCCCCAAAUUUUUGAGAUUUUUGAAUUUUUCAAAAGUGGUUAUGACGUGGCAAAAAAAUCUGUUUCAACUGAAAAUAGAAAAAUUGAAGCUAAGGGUUUUAAUACAUUUUAUACAAAACAAACUAAAAAAUUGAUGUGUUGAGACCCUUUUAAAGGGAGGUAAAACAUCGUGCUAAUAAAUAUCGUGAUAAACUUGAUGGUGAUGAUGAUGAUAUUGAUCUUCAUGAUCCGAAAAAAUAGCUAGACAGCUUCGCAUGAAAAGACAAAAAUAAAGAAGCCACUUACAGCCACGUCUUGAUCGUGAUCUUGAAUUGAAAUCAUCUGAAUCAGAAUCUCUGAUCGGUUGUCUGAAAUGAAAACUAUUCAAAUUCAAUUCUGAAUAUGAGUUAUGUUAUGACGUGGCAGAAAUAUAGGUUUAUAGAUUUUCAUGAUAAUUUGAUCCUGUAAAAUUUUUCGAAACCUGAAAUUGAAACAUUGCUUUGUUUAUACUAAAAUUAAAAGAGCAUAAGUUUUUGCCACGUCAUAACUAUAUUUUUUUUUGAAAAAAAAAACUCACGCUGUACUCCAGAUGCCAAUAUUUGGAAUAUAUGGAUCCAUUUCUUGAGCGAAAAAAAUUUUCGAAAUGAAAUUGAAAAAAAUCUUCUAUUUGUUUGUUAACACUUUGACAAUGUGUUAUGAUUGUGAAAUUGAUAAUAUUUCGCAAAAUCCUUGAAAAACCUAGUUAUGACGUGGCAAAAAAAUGUAUUUUCUUUCCAGCACAUUUUUUCGAUUUACAAACAUCGAAAAAUCUUCGAAUGUCACUCGAACAUCCCGGCGAAUUCGAGCUUCGAGACCCAUUUUCUGGCUCAUGACGUCAUCAUUUUCGACUUCGGCCUGAUGCACAGAGUUUUGGGAACCAAUGAAUGUGUGGCGAAUUAUUUGGGUGAGGUUUUUGACACGUGGAAAGUUUCAACCAAUCAAAAAAAAAUUUAAAAAAUUUUCAGAUGGUGGAUAUAUGCGAUUCGCGUGGACCAUCGAACAAUCAUCGGCCUUAUUCAUAUCCCUAGUUAGCCUAAUUUGUAAGCCUAAGCCUUUGUGGCUUUUAUGGCCCGGGCUUCUGAUGCAAUCUAGUUAUACACUGGGCUUGUCGGUUUUGACGAUGGCGACGGCUCCGAAAAUUCUUGAAGCUUUAGGUGGAAUUAUUGAUUUUGAGUUGGCGCUGAUUUUUACGGUUUAUUCGGUGGGGUAAGUUUUCAGUAUGAAAUUUUGUGCUGGAAAUGCUGGAAAUCAUAGAUUCAGGUGAUUUUCAGCAUUUCCAGCAGUUUCAGCACAAAAUUUUGAUCUAAAAUGUUUUUUUUUGGACUCCGAAAAGUUCUUUGAAAUGGAUCAGAAAGUUCUCACCGGGCUUCCAGAAUCCUCAAAAAACUUUUAAAGCUGAAAUUUAGUGCUGAAAAUGCUGGAAAUCUUAGUUUUCAGUGAAUUCCAGAGUUUCCAGCAGUUUCAGCACGAAAUUUUGAUAUAAGUUUUUUUCUUUAGGGCUCCGAUAAGUUCUUUGAAAUGGAUCAGAAAGUUCUCACUAGCCUUUCAGAACCCUCAAAAAAACUUUUAAGGCUGAAAUUUUGUGCUGAAAAUGGGGGGAAAUCUCAGUUUUCGGUGAUUUUCAGCAUUUCCAGCAAUUUCAGCACAAAAUUUUGUUCUAGAAACAUUUUUCCGAGAUGUUUUUUGGAAUAGAUCAGAAAGUUCUCACUAGACCUUCAGAAUCCUCAAAAAAAUUUUUAGGGCUGAAAUUUUGCGCUGAAAAUGCUGGAAAUCUUAGUUUUCAGUGAUUUUCAGCGUUUCCAGCAGUUUCAGUACAAAAUUUUGAUCUAGAAACAUUUUCACGAGAUGGUUUUUGAAAUAGAUCAGAAAUUUCUCACUAGCCUUUCAGAAUCCCCAAUAAACUUUUAAGGCUGAAAUUUUGCGCUGAAAAUGCUGGAAAUCUUAGUUUUCAGUGGUUUCCAGCAUUUCCGGCAGUUUCAGCACGAAAUUUUGAUCUAGAAACAUUUUCACGAGAUGGUUUUUGAAAUAGAUCAGAAAGUUUUCACUAGGCUUUCAGAAUCCCCAAUGAACUUUUAAGGCUGAAAUUUUGCGCUGAAAAUGCUGGAAAUCUCAGUAUUCAGUGAUUUUCAGCAUUUCCAGCAGUUUCAGCACAAAAUUUUGAUCUAGAAACAUUUUUCCGAGAUGUUUUUUGAAAUGGAUCAGAAAGUUCUCACUAGCCUUUUAGAAUCCUCAAAAAAACUUUUAAGGCUGAAAUUUUGUGCUGAAAAUGCUGGAAAUCAUAGCUUCAGAUGAUUUUCAGCAUUUCCAGCAGUUUCAGCACAAAAUUUUGAUCCAGAAACAUUUUCUGAUUUUUUUUGGAAUAGAUCAGAAAGUUUUCACUAGGCUUUCAGAAUCCCCAAUGAACUUUUAAGGCUGAAAUUUUGUGCUGAAUAUGCUGGAAAUCUCCGUUUUCAGUGAUUUUCAGCCAUUCCAGCAGUUUCAGCACAAAAUUUUGAUCUAGAACUUUUCUCCAAGACGUUCUUUGAAAUGGAUCAGAAAAUUCUCACUAGGCCUUCAGAAUCCUCAAACAAAACUUAAAGGCUGAAAUUUUGUGCUGAAAAUGCUGGAAAUCCUAGGUUUAGGUGGUUUUCAGCAUUUCCAGCAGUUUCAGCACAAAAUUUUGAUCUAGAAAUAUUUUCCAGAGAUGCUUUUUGAAAUGGAUCAGAAAGUUUUCACUAGGCCUUCAAAAUCCUCAAAAAAACUUUUAAGGCUGAAAUUUUGUGCUGAAAAUGCUGGAAAUUUUAGUCUUCAGUGAUUUUCAGCAUUUCCAACAGCUUCACCACAAAAUUUUGAUCUUGAAACUUUUUUUCCGAGAUGGUUUUUGAAAUAGAUCAGAAAGUUUUCACUAGGCUUUCAGAAUCCCCAAUGAACUUUUAAGGAUGAAAUUUUGUGCUGAAAAUGCUGGAAAUCUCAGUAUUCAGUGAUUUUCAGCAUUUCCAGCAGUUAAACCCCAAAUUUUGAUCUAAAAUGUUUUUUUGAAAUGGAUCAGAAAGUUCUCACUAGCCUUUCAGAAUCCCCAAGAAAAUUUUAAGGCUGAAAUUUUGUGCUGAAAAUGCUGGAAAUUUUAGUUUUCAGUGAGUUUCAGCAUUUCCCGCAUUUCCAGCACAAAAUUUUGAUCUAGAAACCAUUUUACGAUACAAGAAUCCUCAAAAAACUUGAAAUUUUGUGCUGAAAACUCUAAAAAUCCCCCAAUUUUUCAGCUUCUCCCUCAACUGGAUUUUCACAUUUGUGCUAUGGCAUUACUAUUGGCAUCGAGAGCGGAAAUUCUUGGCGGAACGCGGAAUUUUUCCGCCACAAGAAUUUGUUUGA